UUGAAUAGGAAGAUGGCAGCCGCGGCAGUAGUGGAGUUUCAGAGAGCUCAGUCUCUCAUCGGCACAGACAGAAACGCUUCUAUUGACAUUUUACAUUCAAUAGUGAGACGAGAUGUUCAGGAGGAUGAUGAAGAGGCGGUUCGUGUUAAGGAGCAGAGCAUCCUGGAGCUGGGCUCUCUCCUGGCUAAAACGGGACAAGCUGCAGAGCUUGGAGGCCUGCUGAAGUUUGUGAGGCCUUUCCUGAUCUCCAUAAGCAAGGCAAAGGCUGCACGAUUGGUGCGCUCACUCCUGGAUCUGUUCCUGGACAUGGAGGCAGCUACAGGCCAGGAGGUCGAGCUGUGUUUGGAAUGCAUUGAGUGGGCUAAAGCUGAGAAGAGAACCUUCCUCAGGCAGGCCCUAGAGGCUCGACUUAUUUCUCUCUAUUUUGACACCAAGAGAUACCAGGAAUCCCUACAGCUGGGCACCCAGUUGCUGCAAGAGUUAAAGAAAAUGGAUGAUAAAGCUCUGCUGGUUGAGGUUCAGCUGCUGGAGAGUAAAACCUACCAUGCCCUCAGCAACCUUCCCAAAGCCAGGGCUGCCCUCACCUCAGCCAGGACUACUGCCAAUGCCAUUUACUGUCCCCCAAAGCUCCAGGCAGCACUUGAUAUGCAGUCAGGUAUUAUCCAUGCGGCUGAAGAAAAAGAUUGGAAAACAGCCUAUUCUUACUUCUACGAGGCUUUUGAGGGCUACAACUCCAUUGACAGUCCCAAGGCUGUCACUGCACUCAAAUACAUGCUUCUGUGCAAGAUCAUGCUCAGCUUGCCAGAGGAGGUACAGUCCUUGAUCAGUGGCAAACUGGCUCUACGAUAUGCAGGGAGACAGACAGAUGCACUGAGAUGUAUAGCACAAGCCAGCAAGAACAGAUCAUUAGCAGAUUUUGAAAAGGCUCUGAUAGAGUACACAAAAGAACUGAGGGACGACCCCAUCAUCAAUACACACUUGGCCAAACUUUAUGACAACUUGCUGGAACAGAACCUCAUCCGGGUUAUUGAGCCUUUCUCCAGAGUACAGAUUACAUACAUAGCGGGUCUCAUCAAACUCUCAAAGGAUGAUAUUGAGAGGAAACUUUCACAAAUGAUCCUGGACAAAAAGUUUCAUGGUAUCCUUGACCAAGGAGAAGGAGUGCUCAUCAUAUUUGUGGAGCCCCCUGUGGACAAGACUUAUGAGGAAGCCCUAGAAACCAUACAGAACAUGAGCAAAGUUGUUGAUUCGUUGUACAACAAGGCGAAGAAAUUGACAUAGAAUAAAUGUCAAGCUGUUGCUGUGGGUAAUGGUCGUAUGUGUGUGAGUUUGCCCGUGUGUAUGUAUGUACGUAUGGCCAACAUGUGGAACUUUUUUCUCGCAGGAAAAAGGGACAACAUUGAGCAAGACUCUCAAAAUGCAACAGGAUCUACUUGUUCCCCACUUGAGAGUUUUUAACGUUUCUUUUCUUUCAAAUGGACAAUAUCAUCUUUAUUAUCUUCUGACGUUUUUCUCCUCUGUAUCUGUUAACGGCCAACACAGGCCAUCAGGGAAUGUUGUACAACUACAAUAAAAUCCUAAAAUGUCAUAUAGAAAUGUAUAGCUCUUCUACAUUUAAAGUUUUUAAAUUACAGCAACUUUGUGAUACAGACUCUUGGGUUUCAGUUAUCUGCGGUUCAUUGGUUGUUUGCAGUAGUACAUAUCUUUUAUUUACCUUUUCUGAUUUUAUGGAUGCAAGUUCUAUCUGAUUGCUGUUGAUGAGAGAGAUUCAAUGGUUCUUGGCAGUAAUGAAGUUUGGUAGGAUUUGUGAGAGGCUUCAUAAUAAGCACAUUUGCCAAUCAUAACACAAAACGAUUUUGUAUGUUAAUUUGAUCACCAGUAUUGUUUGCCAUUUACUUUUGCAGUACACUGUCUUUACAGUUUUGUAUAUACAGUUUACUGUUUUCCAAGUAGGGUGGUUAUAAUAAAAGGCCCUAAUCCUACAAAGGUUUUGGUCCUCUUUGUAAAAAUACAUCUUUUCACAAAACAUUUUUGUCAGCACUGAAGUUAUCAUUUUUUUCAUUAUUGUUCUGACACUUCUUAGAUCCGUAUCUCAUUGAAAACUCAAUUUCUAGUUCACCAACAAUAUAUCAUAUACUCUCAAUAUCCUCAACAUCGUAGAUUGUUUUGUAGUUAAUUUAAAAUUGAAAGUUUUGUGCAUUUGUUUUUUACUUAAUCUCAUUGCUUUCCUGAACAUGUAUACAUUCAGUUAUCCUUUGCAGAGUUAACUUAUAUUCUUUCAUUUAUUCUGUUUAGUGUGCAAUUAUAAGUAUUAAAAAAUUAGGUAGGUAAAUGGAGUGUUUAAAUUAUGAUUUGAAAACUUUCUGCGUGUGUUUGUGAAUGAUUUGUAGUGGCAAUCUAGAAUUGAAGUUUAAGAAUUUAGUUGGACAGUAAAUUCUUCUAAAAGUAAUUGUUUUGUGCCUAACAUCGAAAAGUGGUGUCCCACAAAUAUCCUCUACCCAAAGCUGAAACUCUUAAGUGUUGGUUGGCAGGUUUCACUCUGAGGAAAUGUUUGUAUUUGUUGGACUGUUCACAUCUUUACAUUUAUUGGCUUUCAGGUAAAUUAUGCUUAUUUAUGCUUAUGAGAACUAAACCUCUCAUUAACCUUUCAGUCAGAGCCUUUAAAACCCUGAUACUCUUGGGUUGAAAAGGACAAGGAGUACUAAAAGAACAACUGAUCAUAGAACUGAAAGUAUUUUUGUAAAUGUAUACCUAGAUAUCUAUGGCACAUUUAUUUUCUGAUUCGUAUUCUGAUUUGCAUUCCUUUUGCCCUUGUAUAACCACACUACUUGAUAAAAAUAGCCCAAACCAAAAAUGUUGUUUGUUGUAGUUGAACAAUAUUAAAUGUACAACCAGUUUAUGUAGAAAAAACGACCACCUCAUUCUUUAUCUGAUGUUCAGAUGGGUUCAAAUGUUUUUCCCUGCUAUCGUUCCCACUCUCUAGUCAGUUGUGUAACUGAAAUUUAGAUAUUAGUUCCUAUAAUCUUUUAGAAGGGAAAAAUAAAGACUUAUAAUGAUUAGUCCAGCAGAGGGUCAAUAAAAAUUCUACAAAUUAGUAAUAAUAAUAAUUAAACCCACACAAACUAACUAGCUGUGUAUUACAACUAAUUGCAGUAACUAUUUCCUUUGAUGCAUUUCUGUAUUUAUCUAUUUUCACACCUACAGUGUGUUAAAACUUUAUUUUGAAAGGAAGGAUUAAACUUUGAUGAUUGCUUUGACGUAUUAGCAUGGUUUACCUUUUUUGAAAGUGUGGAAUAUGAGUUAGUUAAUUUGCAUAAAUUAUGCAAUUUCAAAUCUGUUACAUUUCACACAUCGAUAGCGUUGUGAUAAGUAUUUGAAAUAUUCAUCUCUGUGGAUUUGUUGAUUUUUAUUUUGACACUAUAUCCAACGUUUGAGACAGCGUUCUUGCAUGAUAAAUCCUGCAUGUAUAUUAACCAAUGAAGUGGAGUGAAACUAAACCAUACACAUGUUUUGUUGAUCUACAAAGACGUUGAUCUUCAUUCAAAUGAUAGUUUCAGAACUAAAAAAUAUUCCUCGUCACUGCACUAUGUUAGCCCACAUUGACUUUGCAUUGGCAGCUGCUGUUAUUUAUGUUGUCAGGAUCAUUGAUGCAGUCUACAUGCAUACUCAAAUAAAGCUGUAAG